AUGUUUAUUGUUACUUAAAUUUUUGAUGAGCCUGAGGAUGAUAAAGAAAAUAGGUAAGCAAGAUAGAUUGUAUCUGUCCUUUUAAGAUUUACUUAUUAUGCUUUUCAAUUAAGUGUCAUUUAUGAAUCUGCAUAUAUUAUUUACUUUGAAAUGGGAAGAAUAUUAUUUUCAAUUUACUUUUCUUUUUUGUAUUUUUUUCUCUUAAAGUCAUUUUACUUAUCAAUGAGAUGCAAAAGUUAUACUUAUGAAAAUAUGAUUGAAGAACAAAACUUAUGUAAAAGAUGCAAAAUACAUAGAGGUUUUAUUUAAUUUUAUAUUAUUAGAAAUAACUACACACCAUUGUAAAAUUUGUUAGACUUGUGUAUUAGAAAUGGAUCAUCAUUGUUUCUUCAUUGGUAAUUGUGUAGGAAAAAAUAAUUAUAAAUAUUUUAUAAGUUUUAUUUGUUAUACAAAUAUCCUGACAUUAAGUGUAUUAUUAUAUUUAGGAAAAUAAUUUUAUUUUUUGGUUACUUUUAAAUUUGGAUUAUUAACUGUUCAUUGGUUUAGAUUGAUUUUUGUUUACAUUUUUACUAUAUUACUAUUUUUUUCAGCUAUUUCAAUGUUAAUUGCUUAAAUAUAUGUUUUAGCAAAUAAUAGUUCGAUAGUUCAUAUGAGAAAAUAUCCUGAUUUAAAGAAAUAUACUUAUUGUUAAUUUAUUCUUAGUAUAUUUAAGAAAUCAUUAUAUACAGACAUUUAUAACUCAUGGAAUUAAAGAAGUGAAUAAUAUUAUUUAUUAAUACCAUGA